AUGGUUAUACCGAUUACCAUUAACAUCCAUUUGUCGAUUCGUACUUCUAAGCUCAAUGGAAAGGCCGGGUUGCAUUAUUACUGCUUGAUCCAUUGGUGUGUCCUCAUCAACAUUAACAUCACCAUGAAGUUUAAUACCAAGAAAUUUGCUCUGGAGUUCUGCCAUGGUAUUUCCAUCCUCCACUAG